AUCUCAUAUGUAUAUACUGUACUCGAUACCAUCUAUUGUAUCUUGCCUAUGCUGCUCUAUACCAUCACUCAUUCAUAUAUCCUUAUGUACAUAUUCUUUAUCCCCUUACACUUGUGUGUAUAAGACAGUAGUUUAGGAAUUGUUAGUUAGAUUACUUGUUGGUUAUUACUGCAUUGUCGGAACUAGAAGCACAAGCAUUUCGCUACACUCGCAUUAACAUCUGCUAACCAUGUGUAUGUGACAAAUAAAUUUGAUUUGAUUUGAUUUGAAUAUUAAUCAAAUGAAUUAAGAGAAAUUUCUUAAUCAAUCCCAUAUACUAUGUUCUUACAUAAAAAGGUUUUAAAUUCUCUAGUACAGCCAAUAUUGAAGAGAUGUCAAAUGCUUCUCAAAAAUGCCCUCUGGUGGUCAAACUAGCAUUAUUGGCAACAAUGGCUGACAAGUAAAUAACUACAAUUUGUGCUGCUGUAUGACGCAACUUUUAAAGGAACAGCCACUGUAGUAAGGUGUUCCCAUACUGGUAAGUAAGGCACACUGUAUAUUACGCCAAGCGUGUUACCUGUAGGAUGUGAUUGCAUUGAAGGUUGACCGCCUACUCUGUGUGUGCAUUAACUACAGGGGGGGAGAUGUUCGAGAUGCUCCUUGUGCUCAUUCGUUGGCUCUGGUUCGUUUCGAUCAGGAGCGGUGGUGGAGGUUCAACCGUAUGAUUUUAGCUUCCCGGGCCCUCUCGGCUCACUGAGGUGCCUAACCAGAACUCGGUCUCCAGGUUACAGAACUGCCCCUUUCAUCUUCCGGUCUCUCUCUCCCAAAAAGCCAAACAACAAGUCCACUGGAAGGUGUGGUUGAUGACCGCAGAGCAGAUAGUAGGUGAUGAGAUAGGUCUGAUCCUGUGUCCUGAGGCCAGGUACAACCGCAGCCCCAUCGUCUUGGUAGAGAACAAGUUGGGGGUGGAGAGCUGGUGUGUCAAGUUCCUGCUACCCUAUGUCCACAACAAACUACUGCUCUACAGGCAGCGCACACAGUGGCUGGACAGGGAAGCUCUGGUGGACAUUACUUGCACUCUGCUGCUGCUCAACUCAGACUUUACCACCGCUUGGAAUGUCAGGAAGGAGCUGCUGCAAUGUGGCGCCCUAAAUCCAGAGAGAGACCUGUACCUGGGAAAACUGGCCCUCACCAAGUUCCCCAAGAGCCCCGAGACAUGGAUACACAGGCGCUGGGUACUACAGCAGGUGCUACGGGAGUGUUCUCCCCCCAGCUCGGACCGGAAGGAGCAGCGUGACAGUGGCCUGCGUGAUGCAGCAGAGAGGACUCGGCUUAGUGAGCGCCUCCAGAGGGUUCUACACGACGAGAUGAAGGUAUGCGCCGACGCCGCCAGCCGCUACCCUAGCAACUACAACGCCUGGUCGCACCGUAUCUGGGUCCUGCAGAACAUGGCCCAGGGCAACUUGAAGGUGCUCCAUGAUGAGCUGUCCUCCAUGCGUGAGUGGGUCUCCAUGCACGUGUCGGACCACAGUGGCUUUCACUACCGCCAGUUCCUGCUCAAGGCCCUGGUCAGGGAGCUCAGCCAGUCCAUGCACCACCACCAUGCCCCUUGGCCCAGCCCCGGCAGCUCCAGCCCUCGCAGUCCCAGCCCGGACCUCCAGCCAGGCCACCCCCACCACCAGGCUAACGGAGAGGCCACAGCAGCAGCCCCCUGCCUCUCUCCUGCCACCCCAGAGGACCAGUCCUCGGUGCCGGCCAUGCCCCAGCUGUUUCACCAGGAGAUGGAGCUGUGUACUGACCUCAUCCAGUCCUUCCCCGGACACGAGACACUCUGGUGUCACAGGCGACACGUCUUCUACCUUUGGCACCACUGGAGGCGGGACCACGAUCACCACGAUGGCCAGGGCUGUGGCAGUGAGUCUCCCCAGCUGAACCACACUGACGCUGGGCUGAGCAGCUACCCUCACACAGCCUCCUCUAGAGGAGUGGGUCUAUACAGGGUGGAGAGCAGGAACGGACAGACUCAGGAGGGUCAGAAUGCCAUGGAGGUGGACGGGGUCGGGGUCCUAGACCCCCGUGACACUAAGCGUCUGAAGCGGGCUCCCCCUGACCCCUGCCCCCCCGCCCUGCCCUCAGAGCACGGUUUCAUAGCCAGCGUCCUGGACGGCUGCCGCUCCCACGAGCAGGGAUGCUUCGCCCUUGCAUACAGGAAGUGGCUAGACUCUGUGAUUGGUCAGUGAGAGAUGGACGGACAAAGUCAUUGGUCAGUGAGAGGAGACGCUUCCUCCUCCACGGGAGAUGGGUUACGGUUUAAAUUUGCCCCUCUGGCACAGAUUUAGGAACAGCUUACUCUCACCCAACCCCUAACCUUAACCAUUAGGGCAAGAAUUGUAAAAUACUGUCCCUAGAUCAGCGUCUAGUGGCUGGUAACAUUAUGCUCACUUUGAAGGCUCUGGAAGGGGGCUGGGGGAUCUCAAAGUUAUUUGUGGCCCCUCCCGUCUUCCUGGAAAUGCCUGGACUCUGAUUCGUCGGCAGAGCUUUGUCUGAGCCAAUCCCCCUUUCAGAAUGGAAAUCUGAGUGUGGCUUUGCUCUGAGUCGUUCCACCUCAAAGCACAAGAAAGAGGACCACCAGAUUGUUCUGAAAUUGUUUCUGUAGUUAGUAAGAGGAGAUACGAUUAGCGUUCCUGUAACAUUAUUUUGUUGAAAUAUAAUUAGAUCUCUGAAAUAUUAAGCUAAUUGAUGUCGUCCAAAUUGACCAUUUUAAUUUAAAAGAUUCAGAUUGUAGUCAAAUAUAGUACCCAACAUCCAAUUUGGGCCAAACAUCUUCCUACCAAUGCACCCCCCAAAAGAUGUCAAAGACCACCCACGGACCCCCUACACCCCAUGCCAAUCCCACCCCAACAACCAGUAUACAGUAUCAGCUGUCUAUGUUUGACAAGUAGUCUGAAGCUGUGGCUUGGAGUAUUGCUUCUCCAUACUAAGUAAUGUAUUCCCUGUGCAUCUGGUGAUGUUUCUUUCCUCCCUGUUCAGAGAAAUUAGUAAUUAAAGUGGCUUGCAUUGGUUGUUAAGCAACAAAAGUGAAGCUUGCACAACUAUGGGGAAAAACAGACCUGUUUGGCUUAGAUUGUUGACAACAUGUGAACUAUAUUUAGUCUCCAAAUGUUUGUUCAACACAUAAAUACAUUUUCACAAUGAGCACUUGUUGACUCUCAAAUACAUUGUUAAAGUUGUUAGUUUGCAUUUUUUUGCCAUAUUAGCAUUGACAUCUAAUAAGUCAAAACACCUCAAAACAUGACAUGGUAUCAAGAACACACUUCCGACACUCGCAAUAACAUCUGCUAACCAUGUGUAUGUGACCAAUGAAAAUAUAUUUUAUUUGAAGAUACAACUAGCUGAAAUGAGACACAUACGAUUCCCCACAUGGUAGCUUCUUGUCAUUGUUGCUCGUUAUCUCACCGUUCAGAAUCAUUACAAAGCACAGCUUCAGGCCACAACGAUGUGUGCGCAUAAUUUUUGUGACGUUAUCAGCCAACCGAUCUAUAGAUUUUUACCACUAAAUGCCACUGUUCCUGCUUUCCCGCAACUUUUUUAUCCAUUUUGCUGGUCUCAUGUGUUUAUAUCACAAUAUUUCAUUUUACAACUUUGGGUAGAAAACCAAUAGAUUUGUCUCCUCCAUAAAAGCAAUUCAGCUUGUUCUCAUAGCAACUUAAUGCUGAAAACCAACUCUUCUUGAAUAGUCCAACAAGUGGCUGCUCUCUAAGAGGGCUAUCCCGAUGCAAUUCUCAUACAAAGACUUCCUUACAAGCCAAAAACUUUGAUGGAGAAAUUGGCUCGGGACUAAAUGUUGUGACAGCCUUAAUAAGUAAUUAAUUGCUUGGGCGGUCUUAUGUGUUUCAAUAAAAUGGUCAGGAAACAGCUCUAUAAAAGCAUAAAAGAGUGUGAUGGUAUAGCAGGAACAGUGGCAUCUGGUGGUCACAACGUGGUACUUUCACACUACUUCAUGGUAAAUAAUGCAAACGACUUCAAUACUAUCAGGGGGGUAAAACAUCAGUUUCAUAGGGAAUACAUUACAUAGUAUGGAAAAGCAAUACUCUAAACCACAGCGUCAUACUACUUAUUAAUCAUGGAGAACUGAUACUGAAUACUGGUUGGGGUGCGUGGGUGGCUUUUACAUUUUUGGGGGGAUUCCUCGUGUCUUACUCAUUGGUAGGAAGAAGUUUGGUUUGGGAGUAAAUUUAUUUAAUAUUUUCUGAAUCCUAAAUUGCCGAUUUGGGUGCAAUUAAUUAGCCUAAUUUCUCCAAGAUAAAAUGUAAACAAAAUAAUGCUUCAGAAAUACCUAUCUUACCUGUUUCUUACUACAGAAACAUUUUGAGAACAAUCUGAGAUGGUGGGUGUCAUGGCUUGCUGAAAUAAUAUGGAAUGACUUCUCUGGAAGAGUAUGGCUCGUAUGGUCUGUUAGUAGCUUAGUUCAGGUACCUCAAUACCUCAGGUCUCUUUCAAUGUUAGGGACUGGAACAAUUCUGUCAACCAAUUCUGUCCGUCAUUUGAGUUUUUUCACUUAAGAGAUGUAUUCUUCCGGUAUCUUUCUUUUGUCUUCCAGUAACUAAAUGUAUUGUAGCAGAAUAGGUUAAGUGAAGCUGCCAGGUUACAGGAGGCUAAUCAUCACAAAUGUUGUUAUCAGGUCAAUUCAGAAUUAAACUAAGGACCAUAGUGAGAUGAGCAGUGCAGCAAAUCAUUCAUUGUCAACAUACAAAAACAAAGAACAAAAAACUAGCAAAGCCAUUAUAUGCCGAUACCGCUAUGUCAUGCAUCCCUACGGACAACAUUUAGACUGAGCACAACCAUGAACCAAUGAAACUCAUGCUGUAGCUCUCAGGGAAAUUUAAGUAUUUCACAAGGAGAGAGGAAAGUAAAUAAAAUCUAGCCUAGAGAAACAAUUCUAGUUGAUCCAGGUUUCUUCAUACUUGGAUGUGAAAUAUAUCUAUAUAUCAAUGGUCUGAGUCACUUCAAUCAGACAAUGGUCUGAGUCACUUUAAUUGUAGAGAGGUGCUCGAUUGUAAAGACAUGACUGCAAGCACAUUCUAAAAAUUAUAAUUUCCUCAGAAGGUUCUCUUGAAGUACUUAGCCCUCGAGUCUGUCAAUGAGAAUGAUUACAGUACUGUAUGUAAGCACAACUGGUAUAUAGGCUGUGUCACUGCUUUCCCUUUUUAUUCAAGAACAACUUGGUGCUAGCCUGGUCCAAGAUCUGUUUGUGCUUUUGCCUACCCCAUUGUCAUUGUCAAGGCAAACAUUUUGCAUGACAAUUCCAUAAGGAGUUGACAAGCGAGCAGAAACAGACUGGCACCAAGGCUAACUUGGUACCACAACCUCUAUUUCUAUUUUUGAGGGGGAACUAUAAUCCCCCCAGAUCUGAUCAUCACAUUUCUGCAUCCCAAAUGGUAAUAGGGUGCCAUUUGCGACACACUCAUACUCUUCCUGGAGUGGUUGUUGCUGUAUUUUUUUCACAGUUCUGUUUGUUUAGUCCUCUUAGUGAUACCUGGGCUUGUAUUCACAAAGUUUAUCUGACGAGCGCUGCCUGAUAAAGGAUCAAUUUUGGCCUUUUGAUCUUCAUGGUUACAUGGUCUGGGGGUACUUAAUCCUAGAUCAGCACUACUAGUCUGAGACUCUUUAUUAGAGAUGUAACUCACUAUUUACUGAUACGCAUUAGUCCCUAGUUCUAAUGUUCAAGAGAGAACUGCGUUGAGUCAUUGAUCUACAAGUCAUUUUGCAUGCCAAAAAACCCCAGGCAAUGUCGGUAGCCUAGCAAAGAUUUUCCAUUAUAUUGACAAGAUAGUCGAGUGACCGCCCUCAAAGAUGGAAUGGAGGCGAGUUCAGGGGGGCCCAUUAUCGGGGCGGCAGGGUCGCCUAGUGGUUAGAGCGUUGGACUUGUAACCGAAAGGUUGCAAGUUCAAAUCCCCGAGCUGACAAGGUACAGAUCUGUCGUUCUGCCCCUGAACAGGCAGUUAACCCACUGUUCCUAGUCCGUCAUUGAAAAUAAGAAUUUGUUCUUAACUGACUUGCCUAGUAAAAUAAAGGUAAAAUGAAUAAAUAAAAUAAAUUACCAAUGAGAGGGCAGAUACACGUGUGAACAACAGGCAUCACUCUGAUUAUAACAUUUUUUUCAAUGCUGUGAAAUGCCACUUGUGUCCACAUAUAUCAGUGCAUUUGUAACAACUUAAUCAUUACGAAACUAAUAUUCAAUCAAAUAACCUUCAAGUAGCAAAUUAGCAAUUCAAUGUUUUUCUGACCCAAUUCGACACUCAUUGACCUCCAUACAAAACUGUAAUCCAUUCUCCUUUUCAUGAAUUUAUUCACAGGUAAAUAGGUAAAUAUUUUUUUUUAAACCAUAAAAAUCAUGUUUAAAAUCAGUACAACCGACUGUCAUUAAGGCAAAGGUUGGCUACUUUGAAGAAUCUCAAAUAUUAAAUAUAUUUUGAUUUGUUUAACCUUUCUGGCGCAGGCGUUCCGCUAGCGACCCACCUCGACAACAUCCGGUGAAAUUGCAGAGCGCCAAAUUCAAAAUACAGAAAUAGUCAUAAUAAACUUUUUGUUAAUCCAGCCGCUUUGUCAGAUUUCAAAAAGGCUUUAUGGCGAAAGCAUACCAUGCAAUUAUUUGAGGACAGCGCCCCGAUUACAAAAAGCAUACAAACAUUUUACAACCAAAUAAAGGAAUUGCAAAAGUCAGAAAUAGGGAUAAAUGUAACGGUUUUCUUCUGGUGAGAGAGGCAGACCAAAAUGCAGUGUGGUUAGUUUUGUACAUCUUUAAUAAAGAUGAAAAAUACAACAAUCUACAAAACAAGAAACGUGAAAAAACUGAAACAGUCCUAUCUGGUGCCACAAACACAAAGACAGGAACAAUCACCCACAAAACCCAACACAAAACAGGCUACCUAAAUAUGGUUCCUAAUCAGAGACAAUGACUAACACCUGCCUCUGAUUGAGAACCAUAUCAGGCCAAACAUAGAAAUAGACACACCAGACACACAACAUAGAAUGCCCAUCCAGCUCACGUCCUGACCAACACUAAAACAAGGAAAACACACAAGAACGAUGGUCAGAACUUGACAAUAAAAUUAAUCACUUACAUUUGAAGAUCCUCAAAUGGUUGCAGUCACAAGAGUCCCAGCUACACAAUAAAUGUUAGUUUUGUUCGAUAAAGUCUCUCUUUAUAUCCCAAAAGCUCUGUUUUGUUGGCGCGUUUUGUUCAAUAAUCCACUGGCUCAAAGGCGGUCAACAUGCAGACGAAUACAUCCUAAUAGUACCGGUAAAGUUUGUUGAAACAUGUCAAACGUUGUUUAUAAUUAAUCCAGGUUGUUAAUUGUCUAAAUAAUCGAUAAUAUUUCAACCGGACAAUAGCGUAUUCAAUCUAAAGGAAAAACAACGAAGGGCACGCACUCGGUCAUGCGCGCAAACCAGCUCUGCAUUCUUCUUCAGUCCACUGACAGAAAGCUUUCAUUCUAAUUUAUUUUUCAGAAAACAAGCCAAAAACAAUGUAUAAAGACUGUUGACAUCUAGUGGAAGCCAUAGGAUCUGCAAUCUGAGUCCCAACCCAUUAGGUACUCUUAAGUAUCCCACUUCCUGGAUGGAUUUUCUUCAGGUUUUCAACUGCCAUAUCAGUUCUGUUAUACUCAUAGACAUUAUUUCAUAGACAUUAUUUUACAUUAUCUACCAAUUAUAUGCAUAUCCUAGCUUCUGAGUUUGAGUAACAGGCAGUUGUCUUUGGGCACGCUUCUCAUCCAGACGUCAAAAUACUGCCCCCAAGCCAUAAGAAGUUUAAAAAAAAAUGUUUUACUACAUGAUUCCAUAUGUGUUAUUUCAUAGUUUUUAUGUCUUAGCUAUUAUUCUACAAUGUAGAAAAUAGUACAAAUAAAGAAAACCCCUUGAAUGAGUAGGUGUUUUAAAACUUUUGAACGGCAGUGUAUGUAAUGGGGAAUAGAUAAAACAUAAAUAACCAAAGGACAAACAAUUCACACAAUAAUCUCACAUGAGUUGACUUUAGAUUUUUAGCAUUUUAAUUCCGAUAUUACUUUAUGAAAUCUUUAGAAAAUAAUUGCCUCCAUGUUCCCAUGGUCAGAUUUUGCCUAUAGACUACUUUGAAGAAAGGGAAGACAUGCUUGAUAAUAUGAAAUAAAACAUUCAGGUAUCAAAAAAGUAAGUAUGUUAUAUAUCGCCAUUUAUCGGCCAAUUGCCGGCUACCGGAAACCCUGGCACACACAGACAGAGAAGUCAGCUAAAACAGAUCUAGAUACGUUUUGAAUUGAAAUUGAAAGGGAAAGAUGCACUUCCCUACUCUUUAUGAAUACAGGCCCUGGCUGAAGGCAUGCAUUAUUGCUCAACAAUAGUACCAGAUCUGUUUGUUCUCUUGUCUACUCUAUUGCUGUCCUUGUCAAUCCAAACAAUGUUUUGUUUGGCAUGACAAUGGGUGACAACAGCACAACUAUAUAUACACCUUCCCAGAAGAGUGGGGGCUGAUAUAGCAGCAAAGGGGGGACCAACUCCAUAUUAAUGCCCAUGAUUUUGGAAAGAGAUGCUCGACGAGUGUCCACAUACUUUUGGUCGUGUAGUGUAUGUAACCGGCAAUAACUGGCCUGAAUACCUCUCAUUCAGCACGACAUUCAAAAUGGCCGCCUUUCUUUGGGCCAACAGCAUCAAGGGCGAGGCAGCUCGUCUCAUUCAAUGUUUUUGAUGUUUCAGUGUUUUUUAAAUCUUUCUUCCCUGGAUAGUAACUUGGCUCCCACUAACUUGACAGCUUUUCAGUCCAGUGGGGUUUUACUACAAAGCAGGAUCAAUGAGUUAGCUGGCUAAUUUCAAUUAACAACCAGAAAUAGCUAUUGAUUUUCUAGUCCAUUGAGAAAGCUCAACUUAGAUAUGUGUUUCUGGUUGUGUUUCUGAUAUGUGUUUCUGGUUUAGACCAUGCCCGUUUCAAACUUAUCUUUGUAAAACAUAUUUUUUUAAAUAGUUUGGCAAGCUGGCUAACUCAUUAAUCCUGCUUUGUUGUAUACCCCUCAUAUCUCACAGACCCACUGAUCUGGGCAUUAAAGGCGUAUGAUUUAAAGCUUGUUGUCAUUAGGAGUCAGUGAAAGCAUUGUUUAGGAAGAGUUUAUUUUAUGCUUACAGCACUAUCUCCAUAGAAAUAGGAUUUAUGGAUAGAAUGGAUUCUAUUUAUAUGACUGUCUCUCAGUUCAGCACAUACCAUUAAAGGGAUAGUUUGGGAUUUUGAGUCAGACAAACUUGUGGAUACCAUUUGUAUGUCUCUGCGUCCAGUAUGAAGGAAGUUUGGGGUAGUUUCAUCAGCCAAUGCUAACUAGCAUUUGCACAUUGACUGGAAGUUAGAGUAAUGACUAGAACUGCUAGCAUUGCACUAACGCUAGUUAGCAACUUCCUUCAAACUGAACACAGAGACAUAAAAAUUGUAUACACAAGUUCAAAUGACUGGAGUAGUACACAAAGGGCUUCAUUGCCAAAAUACUGAUCUAUCCCUUUAUAGGAUUAUACACAUUAAGAAAUGUUUUUGAUCCAUUCUCUGCUCGUUUUUCUCAACCUACAGUAUAUACUUGAGGUAUUCAAUCAAACACUGAGCUAUGGCUUCUGUAAUAAGUAAUAUAACCAGAUAAUAGGUUACUCUAUGGUAAAUAUGGUAUAAAGACCUAUCUUUUGGUAGUGUUACAAUGAUACUUGUUACAUUAUGUCAAGGUAAAUCAUCUAAGUUUGUGUUUUAUAAGAAUGACAUUACAUUCCCUAACCUGUAUAUUCACAGAACAUAUCUUUAGACUGACACAUACUCGCACGGUACAUAUUCCGGUAGGGUUACAUUUUGUAAGAAAGGGCCCCUGUCCUGUACCUUUUGUAAAUGUAAUUUGUUUAGUUGCACAAACCACUAUGAACAUGAUAAUAAUAACGGCAGAACACUUCUUCCACCCUUUAUUGGUCAUAGACUAAUAGAUCAAUAUUUUAUAGAGGAGCAGCUCUGAUGAACAUUGGGCUUCUUCUGUAUUAUUUUCUGUAAGGUGCAAAUGGGAUAUUUGCAGCUGUUUUCGUAAUUAAUUUUCCAGCCCCCUCUCAGUUUAAAGGCAUAGUUCACCCAAAUUACAAAAUGAAACAUUGCUUUCCUUACCUUACCCAUAGACUGCUUACAGGGUAUGACAGCAAUCCAUGCUUUGGUUUAGUUUCCCUGGAACUGUUUCCACAUGCUAACAUUGUAACAUUUGUGGCACAAAUCCCAUUUAAGUCAUUGGACCGAUAUUCGCUUUUUUCAAGCAUCAUGAACUAUACCUUUUAAGUGGCAGGGCUGAAUUAGGCUGAAUCAAGUCUAAGAUUAUUGCUUUAAAUGAAUAGUUCACCUUUCUGUCUUCUCCUCUUACAUCGAUACUUCACCACCUAUGUAUCUCUUCUUAAAGGGAUAGUUCCCCUACUCCAACCUGCAGUUAACCUCUCUUAUCUUAGAUGCAUCCUCCUGCAGAUCUGCCCCUAAGUCACACCAGCUCAUUUGUCAAAGUGGUUAUUAUACAAUACUGUAUUAUGUGUCUGAGCCACUGCCCACAGGGCAGGCACGUCAGAUUCUCUGUCGGAUAGGGAGGGAUACUGCUAUAGAGUAGGUUGGGAAAACGUUUCCAUUUGUAUUAGAGACAGACUUGUAUUUCUGUUAGGUGUCUGAGCCCUCUCGUCGAGGUGCUACUUAACAGGGCCAGUAUGCACAAAGCGUAUCUAGGAGUCCUGAUCUAGGAUCAGUUUUGUCUUUUUGAUCAUAAUAAAUAAUAUUAUAUGGAUAGUUGGGACCUGAUCCUAUAUCAGCUCCCUACUUCAAGACACUUUAUGAAUACAGGCUUAGGCUACUGUCGUGUGUAUCUGUAAUGUGAUCAGAACAGGCACUGGUAUGAAGCAUGUGGACGAGGGAGACAAUGUCAACACAGACAGACAGACAAACAAACAAGCUGGGAGUGAGCUUGGUAGUUGCCACUGAAGUAUUCUCUUCACGGCUGCCGCAUAACAAAAUGUGACAGAGCUCAAAUGGAUCAAAAACCAAACUGACGUUUUGAGUGGAAGGAGCAGGGGCAUGCUCUUCAGCGCUUGUAGCACAACAUAACAAUCAACUUGCAACUGUAUAUCGUUCCCAAGAGGCUUAGCAAGACGCGCUUGAGACAUAGGCCUAGACAAGCAUUCAUAAAACAUUCAUAAUGCCACUGUGAACAGACAAAGCAGCUUAUAACAGCCUAUGACAACAGCUAUACACACAGUACUAAGGUGAUGUAGCUUUAGUGUGUUUUAGGGGCAGUAAUGUGUGAAGAAGUCUUCAGCCAUUGCGGUGGUCAGUCACACAAGCUGGGAAACACAUCAUGGCUGUUGUAGGUGGAUAUGGGAACAGCCACAGUGUCUGUCCUGUUGGAGAUCAUUGCAGAAAGAGUUCAAAUGCAGCCUUUACCCUUCUAUCACUUAAUUUGGAUACUGUGUGCAGUGUGUCGGCCAUACGUCUGCCCUGUCCUGCCGAAGGCACUUUUGUUUUUAGUUCACAACAUUUUACCUACGAGGGCUUCCAUUUAACUCCUACUACUACCAUGUUCUCUGUUACCUAUGUUUGGAGUCAUUAAGAAGACUGUAUAUAACCUAAGCAUUAUGUAAGAGACCCUUCUCAUCUCAAAACCAAUGUGUCCUGAAUUAUGAAAAUAAUUUGUCAAACUAUCAAAGCUA